UAUAUCCCAAGGAGUGAGCUCCGCUCUUGCCUAGUUAUAACAAGAGUGAGGGAGAAGAUUAAGCUGAAAGAUGAAGAAACUGGUCUGUUUUGUGUUUGUAUCACUUUUAACGAUGAAGGUGUGUUCAUCUUUGGACCGUAGUCACUUCCCUCCUUCAUUUUUGUUUGGGACAGCAACUUCUUCCUACCAGGUGGAAGGAGCAUACCUGGAAGCCAAUAAAGGCCUCAGCAAUUGGGAUGUAUUUUCUCACUUACCAGGAAAAAUCAAGGAUGGAAGCAAUGGAGAUGUCGCGGAUGAUCAUUAUCAUUUAUAUUUGGAAGACAUAGAGUUGAUGCAUUCCCUUGGAGUAAAUUCAUACAGAUUCUCUAUUUCGUGGUCUAGAGUCCUUCCAAAGGGCAGAUUUGGGAAUGUUAAUGCAGCUGGGAUUGAAUAUUAUAAUAACCUUACCGAUGCUCUUUUACUCAAAGGUAUACAACCAUUUGUUACUUUGAACCAUUACGAUGUCCCUCAAGAAUUAGAAGACCGAUAUGGUUCUUGGCUGAGUCCUCAAAUACAGGAAGAUUUUGGGCACUUUGCAGAAGUGUGCUUCCAGGCAUUUGGGGACAGGGUGAAGUAUUGGAUUACAUUAAAUGAGCCCAACGUUAUGGCCCAAGCUAGCUACUACAGUGGUCAAUAUCCACCUUCCCGAUGCUCUUACCCUAUCGGAAAAUGCAAAGCUGGGGACUCUGAAUUAGAGCCUUACGUUGCUGCUCAUAAUAUGAUACUCUCACAUGCCACUGCAACUCAAAUUUAUAAAAACAAGUAUCAGGAAAAACAAGGAGGGCAGAUUGGCAUUGUAUUGCAUGUCUAUUGGUUUGAACCACUAAGAGAUAUUCCAGUUGAUUUUUUUGCUACUCAGCGAGCUCUAGCUUUCUAUGCUGCUUGGUUUAUGGAUCCAAUUAUGUAUGGAGAGUAUCCACCCGAGAUGCAACAGAUAGUAGGGCUAAGGCUACCAAAAUUUUCAGUGGAGGACAGGAAGAAAUUGGAGAGCAAAUUGGAUUUUAUUGGAAUAAACCAUUAUAGCACUCUCUAUGCAAAGGAUUGUUUGGUGUCAUCUUGCAAUAUUACUACUGAUAUCAUUGCUGAUUCGUUUGCUUAUAUAACUGGAGAGAGAGAUGGGGUUCUUAUAGGACAACCAACUGCAAUGCCCACUUUCUAUGUUGUUCCAAAUAGUAUGGAAAAGACAAUUAUGUACUUCAAAAACAGAUACAACAACACACCUAUGUUCAUUACUGAAAAUGGAUACGCACAGCCUAGCAGCAAGGCCAUUGAAGAUAUGCUAAACGACACAAGUAGGAUAGAGUAUAUGCAAAGUUACCUCACUUCUUUGGCAGCAGCACUGAGGAAGGGAGCGGAUGUGAGAGGGUACUUCCAUUGGUCUCUGAUAGACAACUUUGAGUGGAGAUAUGGUUACACCAUUUGUUUUGGGUUAUAUUACGUGGAUCGAACCACAUUGCAGAGGACGCCCAAACAAUCAGCUAAAUGGUUCCAUCAAUUCCUUAAAAAUGAAGCUCCUAAAUACCUUUUUGCCCAACAAUGAAAACGGACACUACUACUUGUAUAGAUUGUUGCAAAUUCUGUGUUUUACAUUCCAUAUAGCACAUUGCUAUCCUCAAAUCAGCCAGCCAUAUCUCCGUGUGCUAUAUAUAUAUAAAAAACAUAUGCAUAUCUAUUAUUCUUAAGGACUAGUGUUGCAACUUAUUCUAGGGGAGCAGAAUUUUGAAAAUAGGUGUUUAAAAUAAAAUUUCGUAUAUUUUAACCA